AUGGACGCAGACGCAUUGGCUGUCUCGACGAAACGAAGGCGCGAGUCGCCUCCUGCCAGUGACGAAGGAGCAGGACCGCGGCAAGCUGAGCGCGAGGCCGUUCUUCCCGUUGGGGCAGCUGCCGAUGAUGAUGAGCAGCACAGACAGCGGGAUGAUCACGAAGGGGGGAAGGAACGAGCAGUCGACGAUGCUGGCGGGAGAGCGAAGAAACGACGGCACAAUCGAGAGGAGGAGGAGGAGCAGGACAUCUCGCCUCGGGCAGGGGAAGACAACGGUGGUAGCCAUCAUCACUACCGCCGCGAGCCGGACCACCGCCGGGAUGAUUGGGCGGACAGGGGGGCGGUUGAUCGAGAGGGGAGCGGAGGGGCAUUCAACAGCAGCAGCACACGACCCAGCCCGGGGCGGGGCGAGCGAGCAGCCGAGGCCCGUGAGCGCGGUUGGGGGGAGCGAGGCCGCCCUCUCUCGCGGCACUCCCCACCCUCCAACACCAGGUGGCCACCUGGCGACCGCGACCAGCACCCGCAGCAGCACCAGCGAGGCUCUUCGCCGCCGCCCCGUAGCCAUGGCAGCGGGGACCGCUCCAUCGGCCGACGGUCGCAGGGUCCUCCGCCGGCGUUGCGCAAUGACUCGUCCUCCCCCCACCGCCGCCACCACCGGGGCCACGGCGACGACGAGGCGGCGGCGGCGGCAUGGCUCCCAGAGGCCAGGAGCGGGCGCCUCUCCUACCCUCCCGCCACGUUCGAGAGCCGAGGCACGCGCGGCCGCGGUCCGCCGGGCGACCGGGACCGGGACCACCGACGCGGAUUCCACCAGCAGCAGCAGCAGUUCUACGGGUCCUCGCCUCUCUACCACGACCGCCGGGAUGAGCUCGCCCACUAUCCGCCCCCUCCGCGGAGCAUUCCGCCGGCGUACCGGGACGGGCGGGAUGCCUUUGGACGGGACUGGCCGCCGCCAGGGCGAGGAGGCGUUCCCCGCCUCCUCCCCAUCGCCCUAACCCAAGGCCGCGGCGGGCUGGGCUGGGGUGGGGUGCAGCUGCGGGAUUACGAUCUGCAGCUGGGACUGCCCAGCGGCAGCGGAGCGGAGAGGCGGCGGAAGCGGGUGCGCGUCGCCCCGCUCGUGGCCGACGAAGAGGCUCGGCUGGAGAAGGACGCCGACACCGCCGCCCAGCUGGUGCGCAUCCUCGACCGGGAGCGCGCCAUUGACAGCGACGCCCUUCUGGCCCUCGCUGGCAGUAAGCAGGAGGAGCAGGAGAUGGUGGUGGAGGAGGCCGGCGAUGCGCGGGCCGCGGUGCGCACGCGGCUGCACCGGAGCAUCGAAUAUCUGCGGCGCGUGCACCUGUUCUGCUACUACUGCGCCGAGCAGUUCGAAUCCCGGGCGGAGCUGCACCGCGUGUGCGGUGACCUGCCCCACCGCCGCUCGACACUCUUCCCCGGGACUCCGUCGCCCGCCCGCGAAGCCGUCCCCCCCGAAGAAGUGUCGUGGCUGGCGUACCUGGAUGCCCGCCUCGAGCAACGGCUGUCGGCGCCGGCGCCGGAGUUGUGCACGGCCAAGCUGGCCGUGGAGCAGGAGGUGGACGCCUUCCUCGAGGCGCACGUCAAGCGGGAGGACGAGAAGAAGUACCGCUGCGCGGUGCCCAAGUGCACCAAGCUCUUCAUGGCCCCCGACUUUGUACGCAAACACCUCAAGCUCAAGCACCCCCACCUCGUCGAAGAGGCCACCCGCAAGGCCGUGGAGGAGCAGUACUUCCAGAACUACGUCCGCGACCCGCGCCGCAUAUUGCCCUCCAUGCCCGAGGCCACUCUGUCCGCACGACCCGAGCAGCAGCAGCUGCAGCAGCAGCGGGGAGGAGGUGCAGGGCGUGCGGCGGUGGCGGUGGGCGCCUACAGCAGCGGCGCGGGCGUGAUGGGCGACGCCCCCGCGGGCAUGUCGGCUCUCUCCUCCCAUUCGCCGCGCCAUCGCGACACCGCGUCGCCUCUCUAUGCUCGCGAGCCCGUGGGCUACGCGCCGGCCUUUCCGCGGUCUCGCGGCUUCGGCGGUGGUCGAGGAGGCGGAGGUGGAGGCGGUGGCCGCUUCGGUGGGCACCAUCGGCCGGGCUAUGUGGACCUCGACGCACCCCCGGAGGACGCUUCGCUCGGCGAACAGCGGACGACGAUUGACUACGGCGAUCUGGACGCCGUGCCGGAGCCGCCACCGAGCAUCACCUCACGCCUCAUCCCGGCCUCGGCCACCGCCCUCGACGACUAG